AAGCCUCGGAGGAGCCUCUUCUCCGUGCCCUCCCCCUCCCCGGCCAAAAAGCGUGCCUCUGCGCGCAUCCAAAGGGCGAAGGGAAAGAGGGCGAGGCCUCUUCUCCGCCUCCCUCCCUCCCUCCCUGUCUCUUCUUCCUUUUCCCCUCCUUCUUCCAUUCGGCGUCAAAGCAGCCUCGCUUCCCACCUGCCCUUCGGAAAGGCGACGGAAAUUGCCGAAGGGAGAGAGAGAGAGAGAGAGCUUUGGGGCAGCGGCUCGGUUGGGGAGACUGAGAGGCCAAGAAAGGACGCCGGGAAGCAGGCAAAACAACGGCCAGGAGCCCCUGGGGACGGAGGAGAUAGGAAAGCAUCCAGAGGCAAAAGGGAGGCAUCCUAAUAAACACAAGGUCCAGAAGAUAAAAAGGAGGAGCCCAGGAAGCUGCCAUUCAAGGGCCAGGGGCCCCAAAGGACUGAGGAAAGAAUACAAGGUCCAAGGGAAGAAGGAAGGGCGCCAGGAAACAGGCAAAACAACAGCCAGGAGCCCCUGGAGACAGAGGAGAUAGGAAAGCAUCCACAGGCAAAAGGAAGGCAUCCUAAUAAACACAAGGUCCAGAAGAUAAAAAGGAGGACCCGAGGAAGCUGCCAUUCAAGGGCCAGGAGCCCCAAAGGGCUGAGGAACAAAUACAAGGUCCAAGGGAAGACGGAAGGACGCUGGGAACAGGCAAAACAACAGCCAGGAGCCCCUGGAGACGCAGGAGAUAGGAAAGCAUCCAGAGGCAAAAGGAAGGCAUCCUAAUAAACACAAGGUCCAGAAGAUAAAAAGGAGGAGCCCAGGAAGCUGCCAUUCAAGGGCCAGGAGCCCCAAAGGGCUGAGGAGAGAAUACAAGCUCCAAGGGAAGAAAGAAGGGCUCCAGGAAGCAGGCAAAACAACAGCCAGGAGCCCCUGGAGACAGAGGAGAUAGGAAAGCAUUCAGAGAUAAAAGGAAGGCAUCCUAAUAAACACAAGGUCCAGAAGAUAAAAAGGAGGAGCCCAGGAAGCUGUCAUUCAAGGGCCAGGAGCCCCUAAACCUCCAAGGGUUGAAGAAAGAAUACAAGGUCUAAGGGAAGGACUCCGGGAAGCAGGCAAAACAACAGCCAGGAGCCCCUGGAGACGGAGGAGAUAGCAAAGCGUCCAGAAAACAGUGUUGAGAGACAAAAGGAAGGCAUCCUAAUAAACGAUUAAAAACGAGGAGCCCAGGAAGCUGCCAUUCAAGGGCCAGGAGCCCCCAAGGGCUGAGGAAAGAAGACAAGGUCCAAGGGAAGAAGGAAGGACGCCAGGGAGUAGGGGGAUAGAGCAACCUCCAGAAAACAGUGGUCGGGAGACAAAAGGAAGGCAUCCUAAUAAAUACAAGGUCCAGAAGAUAAAAAGGAGGAGCCCAGGAAGCUGCCAUUCAAGGGCCAGGAGCCCCCAAGGGCUGAGGAGAGAAUACAAGGUCCAAGGGAAGAAAGAAGGACGCCAGGGAGUGGCAAUACAAGGGCCAGGAGACCGAGGAGUAGCUCUCUAAACGCCCCAGAGAAGGAUACUAAGGGAGUGGCUACACAACGGCCAGGAGCCCCAUUGGAGAGAAGAAAGAAGAGCCAGGAAGGAGACCCACAAGUCUAGGGAAUCUAGGAAGGAUCCAAGGGAAGGAGAAGGAUCCAAGGCGGCGUUUGGAAGGGAAGGAGAGAAGGGGAAGAGAAGAGAGAGAAGGACACCAGGGAGGGAGGGAAGGAAGGAAGGGAGGGAGGGAAGGGGCCUCGAUCCUGCCUCCUUGGAGGGUCGGACCCAGGAGGAGACAGCCCCCCUCCACCCUCGCCUUUGUCGGCGGAGAAGAAGGGAGAGCGAGCGAUGCCUUUCCUCCCGGGGAGAAGCGAGCGACGAGAAUGAGAGCAAGACGUGGAGGAGAUGCAGGUGAAAGAUAGGAUGGUGGUGGGCGACUUGAGCAUGUAUAGCCCAAUCCUGGCCUGCUGGCAGCCGAUCCUCCUCUUGAUGCUGGGCUCCAUCCUCUCAGGCUCUGCCACGGGCUGCCCUCCGCGCUGUGACUGCUCCGCCCAGGAACGCUCGGUCUUGUGUCACCGGAAGCGGCUGAUGACGGUCCCCGAGGGCAUCCCCACGGAGACCAAGCUCUUGGACUUGGGCAAGAACCGCAUCAAGACUCUCAACCAGGAUGAGUUUGCCAAUUUUCCUCACUUGGAGGAGCUGGAGUUAAACGAGAACAUUAUCAGUGCCAUCGAGCCGGGGGCUUUCAAUAACCUCUUCAACCUCAGGACUCUGGGUCUCAGGAGCAACCGGCUCAAGCUCAUCCCGCUGGGGGUGUUCACCGGACUCAGCAACCUUACCAAGUUGGACAUUAGCGAGAAUAAAAUUGUGAUUCUUCUGGACUAUAUGUUCCAGGACUUGUACAACCUCAAGUCCUUAGAGGUCGGGGACAAUGACUUGGUCUAUAUCUCCCACCGGGCCUUCAGUGGCCUCAACAGCUUAGAGCAGCUAACCUUGGAAAAAUGCAAUUUGACCACCAUCCCCACAGAAGCACUGUCUCACUUGCACGGCUUGAUUGUGCUACGGUUGAGCCACCUGAACAUCAACGCCAUCAGGGAUUACUCUUUUCGGAGGCUGUACAGACUCAAAGUGCUGGAGAUCUCACACUGGCCCUACCUAGAUACCAUGACAUCCAACUGCUUGUACGGUCUCAACUUGACAUCCUUGUCCAUCACCAGUUGCAACCUGACGUCCAUCCCUUAUAUCUCCUUGAGGCACUUGGUUUAUCUCAGAUUCCUGAAUUUGUCCUAUAACCCCAUUCUCACCAUCGAAGGGUCCAUGCUUCAUGACCUACUCAGGCUUCAGGAGAUACAGCUGGUGGGUGGUCAGCUCACUGUGGUGGAACCAUAUGCUUUUCGGGGUCUGAACUACUUGCGUAUCUUGAAUGUUUCAGGGAACCUCCUGAGCACCUUGGAAGAGUCAGCCUUCCACUCAGUGGGGAACCUGGAAACACUUAUCAUAGACAACAACCCAUUGGCCUGCGACUGUCGACUCCUCUGGAUUUUCCGACGGCGCUGGAGGCUCAAUUUCAACAAACGGCAGCCCACCUGCUCCACCCCUGAAUUUGUCCAGGGGAAAGAGUUCAAGGACUUCUCGGAGGCGCUCCUGCCUAAUUACUUCAUCUGCCGCCGGUCUCGGAUACGGGACCGCAAACCCCAACAGAUCUUUGUGGACGAGGGCCACACGGUGCAGUUCAUCUGCCGUGCGGAUGGAGACCCACCUCCCAACAUCAUGUGGCUCUCUCCCAGGAAGCACCUCAUCUCUACCAAAACCAACGGGCGGCUCACCGUCUUCCCCGAUGGCACGUUGGAGGUGCGUUACGCCCAGAUCCAGGACAAUGGCACCUACCUAUGCAUCGCCAGCAAUGCCGGAGGCAACGACACUAUGCUGGCCCACCUGCACGUCCGGAGCUACUCCCCAGACUGGCCCCACCAACCCAAUAAGACCUUUGCUUUCAUCUCUAACCAACCCAACGAGAGUGACACCAACAGCACGCGUGCCACCGUGCCUUUCCCCUUUGACAUCAAGACCCUCAUCAUUGCCACCACCAUGGGUUUCAUCUCUUUCCUAGGGGUAGUACUCUUCUGCUUGGUGCUCCUCUUUCUCUGGAGUAGGGGCAAAGGCAACACCAAGCACAACAUUGAAAUCGAAUACGUCCCGCGCAAGUCUGAUGCAGGCAUCAGCUCUGCAGCUGAUGCGCCCCGUAAGUUCAACAUGAAAAUGAUCUGAAGAAAAAAGCAAUUGACUCCAUAGAGAGGAGUGGGUAUUUUUUUAAAAAAAAAACAAUAACAACAUCAAUAUUGACAACAAUAAAGAGACACAGUGCAACAAGCAUACCCACCUCUCUCCUCCCCUCCACCCAGCACCCUGACUCUGGUUCGAUUUCCCACAAUCCCGCAUCACUUUCUUCUCGUCCUCUUUGUGAAAACGUUCUGCUGAUGUCUCCAGAACUUCCUAUGUUUGUAGGACAUCUUCUGGCACGAGUCCGGUGUCAAUCCUAAUGGCAAGAGGAAAUUUCAAACAAACAACAAUCAAUAAAAAAAAGUUACGAACUUCCUCUGUAACUUUUGGUUUCAGUAAUUAUGGAUUUUUAUGAAAACUUGAAAUAAUAAAAAAAAACUAUUUCCUAUA